UAUGGCCGCGCGGGGGGGCGGCGCGCAUGCGCGGCGCGGCAGGCGGAGGCGGGGACAAAAUGGCGGACGGCCGGGCGGAGGGCGAUAAGGCGCGGCGGCAGCAGCAGCCCGCAGGAGGACCUGAAGAAGAGGCAGAAAAACCUGUGAAAACUAAGACUGUUUCUUCCAGUAAUGGAGGGGAAAGUUCGAGUCGCAGCGCAGAGAAACGGGCAGCUAAUGAAGAAGCUGAAGACUUCACCACAAAGCCCGCCCCUGCCAAAAUGUCCAAGUUUGGAUUUUCCAUAGGCAAUCAGACAGCAAAGAAGACAUCUGCAAUAUCCAUCAAACUAGCAGCAAAUAAGCCUAAAGAGCCCGUUCCAACCCUUGCUCCAAAAACGCUUUCCGUAGCAGCGGCUUUCAAUGAAGAUGAAGAUAGUGAACCAGAAGAAAUGCCUCCAGAAGCUAAGAUGCGCAUGAAGAAUAUUGGAAGGGAUACACCAACCUCAGCAGGACCAAAUUCCUUCAAUAAAGGAAAGCAUGGGUUUUCUGACAACCAGAAGCUAUGGGAACGAAAUAUAAAAUCUCAUCUUGGAAAUAUCCAUGACCAAGAAAAUAACUAAAUGAUGUGGAUUGAGGUUGGGGGGGAGGGGAGGGUAUAACAUUAAAGGAACAGUUUCCUUUUUUAAGAAUGGUAUAAGACUAUCUUUGGAGCCACUUUUUUAAGAUUUUGAGUGGUACACUAAUAACUGAGUUUGAAAUUAGAGGUAAUUUAUGUUUUGUAUACAGAUUUCAAGGCAUUUGCUAAUUUUGUAGUUCCAUGUGAUUAGUUUCAAAAGGUUACAGAUAAUAAAGAAAUUGGAGUGGUACCUUUUUAAGAUUUUUUUUUUUUGUCAGCAAUUAAGGUGGAUGAAAAAGGUUACUGUCUCUUUAAUCAGGUUAACAUUGAAUGCGCUUGCAUUCUCACUUCUGGCUCCCUCUUCCUAAUAGAAGAAACAGUUGGCUCCUGGGAAUACUGCUAACGAGUGAGCAUUGUUUGUGCUAGAAGUGUUACUGGACUAUUAAUUUGAAUAUGAACUUAAACAGGAAACAUUAAGAACCUAGACUUUUUUUUUCUCCCUACAGUUAACUUUUUGUUUAGUCUCUGCAAACUAGGAAUUAUGUUGCUCUGAGUGGCUCUGGUAACUUAGCUCUAAUUUUGUUUAAAACUUCAUGUAGGAUGUGUUACAUUCUGUGGCUUGUUUCAUCCUAAGGAAAUGGGCCUUGUCUGUAUAUUAGAUACAGUCUGUAAAGAAUAUUCACUACAAAGAUAAAUCAGUAUUUUCAGUGUGCUCCUCUUAAAUCAUUAGCCUUGAGUAGUGCUUGUUAGCAUUUCCUUGUGAAUUAAAUAGAGACUAAUAUUAAAAGCAGUAAUUAGUGAUACACAAAAGCCACCACCAAAAAGACAAGAUAAUGUACAUUAAACUUCCCAUUUGGUUGAAAUAUUUUUCUUUACUAUGCCUAGAAGGAAUAAAAGCCACACCAAAAAUCAGUAACUCACUGCUUAAGUAUGAAAAAUCCAAGAUGCACUUUCCCUGUCUUGCCAUUUAAAACAAAAUGCCUUGAUGCCUGUGACUUCAGUGGACGCUAUCAGGUUAAAAAAAAAUAUCUUGUUUUUGCAGUCCUAAUGCUCCUAGGAAGUGUCAGCCUCAGAAAUAACUUGCACUCUAUCUGUCUGUCUGCCUUUUGCAGUAAUUCUGAACAAUGAUACUGGCGUGGUCACUGUAAUUUCCUAGCUUGCAUACUGCAGAACAGUGCUGAAAGAUUUUAAACCUGGUAAGGACUGUCUAAACUACAGUCUAAUUUGGAUUUAAUAGUUAUAAAACAUUUUGCUAGCAGAACUGUUUCCUUAAAAAUAAUGAAAACUGACAGCAAUGACAACAGACACCUGCAGAAACUGAAGGUUCUUCCUAGACUCAAAUACCUGAUAGUGUCAACCACUCAAUUCAUUUCAGCCAGGAACUGGUUGUAGAAUUCAAUAUGUUAAUUGCUUUCAUUCUCUCUCUAAAGCCUCUCUUCAUGCUAGAGUUAAAACUGCAAGAACAGAAAGGAAAGUGCAUCUUCAAGUGUAUUUUUUUUAUUUCAUUUUAGGAAAGCUCUGACCACUUAGACUUUUGAGUUUGUACGUUCUAAAAAAUAUUUUUUGUAUUUUUGUAUUGUAUGUGUAAUCUUUUUUCUUUUGAAGUCUGAUGCAGUUGAAUACCUGUAACUAUUUUCUUUAAAAGCCUUGUUAUAAACGUAACAUAAAAAUGUAUACAUUAUUUUUUUUCCAUA